AUGUCGAGUUUUAGGAGGGAUCAAAUCCCCGUGGUGGUGUCUGGCUUUAUGAACUUUGUUUGGGCCUUCUCGUCAUUUCUCAGUGUUGACAUGGUUAAGCUGUAUUCAUACUACUUCAUGCAUCAAGUCAACUUCCCUACCCUGUACUAUAGUGUUUUUGCUUUUUCAUUCAUUUGUUUUACAUUUUUAAGAUUCAAUAGAGUGUUUACAACCGUAGUCAUAAUAUGGUUCAAUUUUUUAGUUCAUUUGUUGUUAGUGUUUUUAAUAUUCUUCCCUCUCAAAAAUAUCAUAUGUUAUAGAUUACUAUUUGCAUUUUGGAGUCAUCUGUAUGCCUUAAAUUUGAUUUCAACAUUAUACCUAGCAUCCUAUAACAUUGGUGGAAUAAAUGGCCUAGUUAUGGGUGCUGCAUCCUCAUACUUUUUCGGAUAUUUGUUAUUACACGGAGUUGAGCGGCCUUCAGACUUUAGUAUCGCAUCAAGGAAGGCUACUUGUAAUUGGUUUAUAUGUAUUAGAUGUAUAUUUGCUAUUAUCGCCUUUAUUUUUUACAGGGAUUAUUUGGAGUACUAUUUCUACUUCGAAUACACUGACUCUGUAAACAACAUAACCAUGGAGAAUUUGCUUAAGUGGUUUGAUGGGAAAUGUGUUGAUUUAAUGACAGCAGUAAGAAUAGAUGAUCUUAUGCCUACCCAUAUAGAUUUAAAUUGCAUUCAUGAAUUAAUAAAAGACUCCAAAUCUUACCAGCAUUUAUUUUUAAUUUACAUGGGAUUUUGUUCAACGUCAUUUUUUUCACCUUUUUUCAGUCCAACCCCAAUAGUUUUAUCAAUUUAUGUUAGAGAUGAAAUUUGUUUUAUUGAUUAUUUGGCGGGGUUCCUUGGAGUAAUCAUCGCUGUAAUGUUACAUCCGCAUCUCAAUGAACAAUUUAACGUAGUAUUUUUAAUACAUUAUAUACUUUCUGGAUUUUUGUUUUUUGGUUUCAACACUUAUUAUCAUGAUUUAUAUAAUAGAAAAAUUGUAUUAUACUCUUUGUCGUUCUUCUCAUCUAUAAUAGGGACGUUCGUUCUUGUUUUUUCAUUUAUUAACUUUCUCUGUCAGAACCUUGUAUUUAAAUGUGAAAAAGAAAAAGAAAAAGAAAAAGAAGAUUGCCAACCAUGUUGUCUAAAUGACACAGGAACGUGUUUGUGUAACAAAAAAAACACUAAUGAACCAUGCGUAAAACCUCCUCAUGCUACUUGUAUAAAUAUUUGGUUACCAUUCAAUAACCAUAAUACAUUUCGCGAUUGGACGCAUAGUGAUUGUAAAUUUUGUCUCUCUCAAAAUUAUAAAAAUACGAAAUUUAAAUGCACAUGUUGUACAGGUGGUAAAGGAAAUUGCUGUGUAUGUUGCUGCCCUGAAUGUAAAAAUUCUAUAAACACAUGCUCUUGUUCACAACCCUGUUCAGAAUCCUGUGGUACUGAAUGUUGUUGUAAAGAAGGUAAGGUAUGUCAUUAUUUGUUGAGAAACUGUGUUGCGUCAUGUUGUCCAUAUUGUGAUUAUUGUCUAUUGUUUGAAUGUGUCAAACUUGAAUGUGUUUGUCCAUGCUCACACCAAAAUCACAAACCAAGAAUACAAAAUCAAAAUAAAGAUAAUGGAGGAAAUAAUAAUGAUUCAUGUUUAACCAAGAUAAAACUAAAGAUUAACAAUGGUGACAAGCAUUUUUAUUUAUGUUCAUAUAAUCAAGCAUUAAAAUCAGAGAAAUUGAAGGAGUUAUUUUGCUGUAAAAAUACAUCGUCAAGUUCCGAAAAUUGUUGUUGUAUCAAAUGUUGUUGUGAAAAGGAAAAGAUUUGUGGUAAGCAUUUUGAUAUCGCAGAUUAUAAAACGUCUUCUUGUUGUCAUUAUCAAUUAAAAAUUUGGAUAAGCCUUAGAGAACUAAAUAGUACUUUUCAUAUAGGCCAACAACCAUUUAAAAACAAAUACGAUCAAAUAAAUUCACUGGUUUUUACAAACCAAAAAUGUAGAGAAUGCUGCGAGAAAUGUGGAUGUGAUAGUGGUAAAUGUAAAGCGGUAGAUGUAUUAAAAAUUAAUGAAAAAGAUGAUAAUUGUGAAUAUGGAGGAUAUAUUACAUCUGAAUGUAAAGGUGAUAGUUCAAAUUGUAAAUGCUGUUGUUGUUGUUGUGUCAGUACUUCUGGUACUUCAAAUUGCCAGUGUUGUUGCGGUUGUUGUUCAUCUACGAGUGGUUGUUCUAAAAAGAAAUGUUGUGCAAUGAAGAUUCUUCCAACUAACUUACCAUAUCAUUUCCGAGAGAUGGAUAUAAAAAGGAGUGAGAUAAUAUCGCUAGUGUGUUUUUCAGUAGUAAUAUUUUGUUUUGUUAAGUUUAUAGCCUCAAUAAUGAUAUCGUGUAAGAUGAAACAAUACUAUCUUCCAAUAAACUUUAAAGUUAAUGAUUUUACGGAGGUUCAAAAGCUAACCUUGGCUAAAUAUGAUUUUAAAGACUAUAAAUCAGAUUCACAAUAUGCUAGAAGGGCGUUUCCGGAUUUUGAAGGUGAUGAAACUUAUUUGGUAAAAUAUGCCUUAGACGUUGAGAUCCAAAAUUUUCAACAGAAAACUAUUUUGAUUAAAGAUUUCAUGGAUGAGUUAAAUACGCUGAGGUUCGAUAAUUGGUGUGAAGAUAUGAUUAAAAAUCGAAGGAAGAUAAUUCCAGGGGAGUAUAGUGAAUUGAGGUUUUACGCACACUUUAAUUCAUACCUUGAUUUCGCAUUGAAAUACCUUGUGUUCAGAGAUGCAGAUUUAAUAUAUGCAUAUUUUAAAAGGUAUUCACCAACAUGGGAAGUUGAGUGGAAUGAUUUCGAGAAAAGAUUCCUUAGGAAUUUAAAAAUAUAUACAGAUUAUUCUCUGAGCCUAAAUAGUGUAGGAUACUUUGAUACAAACACGGAUCUCCAAAAAAUAAUAGAUAACAGACAGAUAUCGAUAUUAAAACAGUUAAACGCGAGAAAUGAAGAGUUAACAGGUUAUCUAACAAUGAACAGACAUUUGACUGAUGAAUUGAAAAAAUCAACGUCAGAAGAAAAACUGCCGAGACAUAUAGAUCUUUGGUCGUUUAGGUUAUCGUUAAUAAGGGAAUGGUCAGGUGAUAGAUCAAUAUUAUUAAAUUGGACGGCGUUCACAUACUCGAUGGAAAUGAUACUGCUGUGGAAUGAUCUGUUUAGACUGUUUUAUAUACAAUCAUUUGUAUCAUCGUAUGGAAGUAAUGGCCAAAGAGUUAAUGAGUUAUGA